UGAGAGAGGAGCUAGCUUUCACUGGUACGCUCGGCUCGAGAAGAAGGGAGCGGUACUGAUUCAACCUCCUCGGCGACUAAACUCUUCGAAAGGACACUUCAGCGAUGGCGGAGGCCCACCAGGCGGUGGCGUUCCAGUUCACCAUAACGCCAGAGGGGAUCGACCUGCAGCUGUCCUAUCAGGCCCUGAACCAGAUCUACCUGUCCGGAGUGCGAUCCUGGAAGAAACGAUUCAGCCGUCUGAGGAACAGCGUGAUCAAGGGAGUGUACCCUGCCAGCCCUUCCUCCUGGCUCUUUGUCGUCAUAGCAAUCCUGGCCACCAUGUACAUGCGCUCGGAUCCCAGCAUGGGGCUCAUCAAGAUGAUCCAGCAACACCUGCCACUAAGCCUCCACGUCUCGCUCAGCACCCAGGGUCAGACCAUGCUGUCGGCGCUGGUCUUCAGCACCCUGCUGUGGCUCUCCCUCAUCUUGGCGCUCAGGUUCUGCCUCAAACUGCUCCUCUCCUACCACCAGUGGAUGUUCGAGCAGCACGGCCGGGUUUCCAACACCACCAAAGUCUGGGUGACUCUGCUGAGGUUGCUUUCGAGCAGAAAGCCUCUGCUGUACAGCUAUCAAACCUCGCUGCCUCAUUUGCCAGUUCCUCCCAUCAAAGACACAGUGAGCCGGUAUCUGAAAUCGGCGCGCCCUCUGUUGACCGAUCCAGAGUUUAAACGCAUGACUGAACUGGCCGACCGGUUUGAGUCCAACCUGGGAAACCGCCUGCAACGCUACCUGAAACUCAAAGCGCUGUGGGCCACCAACUAUGUGAGCGACUGGUGGGAGGAAUACAUCUACUUGAGGGGCCGCGGUCCCAUAAUGGUCAACAGCAACUACUACGGCAUGGACUUCCUGUAUGUGACCCCAACCCCAAUACAGGCGGCCAGGGCGGGCAACACCAUCACUGCCCUGCUUCUUUAUCGCCGCAAGGUCAACCGGGAGGAACUCAAACCGAGUCGUGUUCCAGGAACGGUCAUCCCUCUGUGUGCCGCUCAGUGUGAGAGGAUGUUCAACACAACACGCACACCAGGAGUCGAGACUGAUGUGCUCCAGCACUGGCAGGACAGCGAGUUUGUGGCAGUGUACCACAAGGGCCGUUUUUUCCGCCUGUGGGUGUACACAGCGGGCCGGCUGCUGUCUCCCAGGGAGAUCGAGCACCAGAUCCAGAGGAUCCUGGACGACCUCUCCCCCCCGCAACCCGGAGAGGAGAAAUUGGGAGCGCUCACUGCCGGAGAAAGGGUUCCUUGGUUCCACACAAGGGAGCAACACUUUAGCUCCGGCAUCAAUAAGCGAUCACUAGAUUCCAUCGAGAGGGCGGCCUUCUUCGUGACAUUGGACGAUGAAGAGCAAGGCAUGAGUGGGGAGGACCCGGCGGGAAACUUGGACCGCUAUGCCAAGUCCCUGCUGCACGGGAAAUGUUACGAUAGGUGGUUUGAUAAGUCCUUCUCCAUUGUCAUCUACAAGAACGGGAAGAGCGGCCUGAAUGCAGAGCACUCCUGGGCGGAUGCACCGACGGUGGCUCACCUUUGGGAGUACACCCUGGCCACCGAUGCCUUCCAGCUGGGCUACACUGAGGACGGGCAUUGCAAAGGCGACGUGGACCGCUCGCUACCUUCCCCCCAGAGGCUCGCCUGGGACAUCCCCUCAGAGGUUCAGGCGCAGGCGUGCAGCUCCCUAGCCGUUGCCCAGGCGCUGGCGGAUGACGUGGACUGCCACGUGUUUCCUUUCAGAGAGUUCGGAAAGGGACGCAUCAAGAAGCUGCGCGUCAGCCCCGACGCAUUCAUACAGAUUGGCUUACAGCUGGCAUACUUCAGGGAUCGCGGUGGUUUCUGUCUGACUUACGAGGCGUCGAUGACUCGUCUGUUCAGGGAAGGCCGGACGGAGACGGUGCGAUCCUGCUCCAACGAGAGCUGUGCCUUCGUCAGAGCCCUCGAAAGUGGAGAGGCAGAGGACCAAUGCAGGCGUCUCUUCAAACUGGCCUCCGAGAGGCAUCAGAACCUCUAUCGAUUGGCCAUGACUGGAGACGGAAUUGACCGACAUCUCUUCUGUCUGUACGUGGUGUCCAAAUACCUGGGAGUAGAGUCGCCCUUCCUCAAAGAGGUCUUGUCGGAGCCCUGGCGUCUCUCCACCAGUCAGACCCCAGUUCAACAGAUGGAGCUGUUCGACCUGAAGAACCACCCCGACUUCAUAUCGCUGGGUGGUGGGUUCGGACCUGUUGCUGAUGAUGGUUAUGGGGUUUCGUAUAUCAUCGUGGGUGAGGACAUGAUCAACUUCCACGUGUCGUCCAAACACUCCUGCGGCGAGACUGACUCCCACAGGUUUGGAGCUCAGAUAAGCAAAGCUCUCCAAGACAUACUGACCCUCCUCGCCGCUGACGCCAAAACCUCGUCCUCCUCCUCCAAAGGCUCGACCCAGCCUCAGUCCAAGAAGCUCCUCUGAACGUGACCACGCACGGCAUCUCAGCUGAGUGAAGAAACCACUAAGAACUCCGUAUCUAGAUUCUGUAAUGUCAACAGCAACACCCGUUUUGUGAAAGCAUUGUUCCGACUGACAAAAGUGAAUUUGAUUAGCGCUAUUGGAGAGGGAGAUCUCGGUCUAGUUUGAGAGGGCGGCUGCUCCUUCGUUAACACCUUUUAUUUCGACCACAGCGUCGGCGUUAGGCCCACUCAAGCAGAGGAAGACGAGGCACACUGAAGACGCAAGGAGCCCCGUUUAUGUCGGACGGACGGGGGAUCUGUCGCAACAUGCACACAGUGUUAUGAUUUGCGUUCUUCAAAAGCCUUUCUGCUUUAAUGUGCACUAACAAAGACAUUUAUUUGGGUUAUUGGGCAUUAACGCACAGGCUUUAACAUACAGACCAUUUUGUAAAUCUUUAUGAGCUGUGUCUGUCGGAGGGAUUAAAGUGAGGAUGCGAGAUUCUUCAAGUGUCUGCUCUCUCUCUCUGAGAAUAUAAAAGUUUAUAUAAGUGAGUUUUUUAUUUUUUAUUUUAAGGAAGAAGUGAGCAAAGCUUAUCACAGAGGAAGGAAGUUAUUAGGACCACAAUAAGAAGAAGAGAAGGAAAGAUAAAUCUCCCUGACAAAUGGUGGAAAGAAAUUAAAACCUCAAUCAAAGUGUCGGCACAUGAAACGACACAAUUCACAACAAUUUGACGUCCGUGUCCCGUGCCAUGGCUAGAAAACAGAAAAGCUUGAGAGAGGGGACAAGGAGGUGAAACGACUAUAAGGAGCAAUCUAAAUGAAGGGAAAGGUUCUUACAGACCUCCAACCAAAAGAAGAAUUUCUUUUUUUAUUGUCAUUUAAUUUGACGAAUUGAGCUAGAAGUUCACAAGCUAGAAAGAGUCCCAGUCUGAUCCUUAGGGUCCAGUUCCAGGGUUACUUCUACCCAUCACCUGAUCUCAUGGACCACAGCCUGAAUCAAUAGUUUCUUUAAAGAUGAAAAUACAAUACAAUACAAUGUGAAAACACUCCUACACAGUCCUGCAUUAAAAACAUACUAUUCGCAAAUAUACUUAAGGAAAGUAAAAGUAUUCUUCAUCCAGCUGAACGUUAACUUAUAUUAUAUGAUAUUGUAUUGUCAUAAAUGAUUGAUCGAAAUGUAAGCAGGCUUUGAUGUUGUCGCUCGUGAAAAGAAAAUACGAAUCUAAAAAGUAACCGGUAACGAUAGCUCUCAGAUAAUUGCUGUUGAGUAAAAAGUACAAUAUCUUCCUCUGAAAUGUAGUUAAGCGGAAGUACACAGUAGCAGAAAAUACUCAAGUAAAGUACCUCCAACCUGUACCUUUUUGUUAGUAUCGUACUUUUCAUUCUUCAUCAGGUUCAACCGGUGGGGUAUGCGCUCCCAAGAGCCGGGGGGACCCGUUUCAGUCGUUGCAUCAUGUUUGUUUUUAUUGGAUGUUCCAUAAAAACAAGUUAAAUUGACUAAAUUGAUACUGACUAGGUACAGUAUUGGAUGACAGCAACCGCAUGAAAGUGAUACAGAUUUGAUGAUUCAGGACGUAUUUUGACAGAGAUCAGGUGAUACAUUAUUAUUCCAUGUCGAGGAAGGAAGUACAAGUGACUUUUUCAUUAUCGUUUUGUGUUUUUUUUCCAUAACAUUUUGUCAGUUCGGUAGAUUGAUUUAAUAAGGCGCAGAUGUUUUAUGUUGAAUGAUAACUGUAUGGACAUACACUUGACAGACACAGCUGCUGCUGUGUGAAAUACUUAUUUUAUUUUUUACCAGUGAGGAGAUCAUUUUAAGUGUUUCAACCGUCACUUUCUGAUGCUAAUAAUAUCUCAACCCUUUUUAAAGCUUGUGGCGUUUAAGAAACAGGUGUGCCUGAAAUCAAGUAUUCAUUCAGUAAAACAAUUUCAAUGCCAUUUACUUUCUCUUUAAAAUAAAAUGUCCAACAUGUGUAACAUG